AUGUACCAUCUUGACGACGAUUAUUUUGCAAGACUCAAUCAACCGUCGUCGUCCUCAGUGCAAUUUCCGUCGGAAUCAUUAAGGUACGGAGGUACCACCACUACCUUCGGUGCUGAUACCGACCCCCAAACUACACGUUUCCGAUCGCAAUCCGCCGACACUCGAAGAUCUGCAUUUCAAUCGCAGCCAAGAACCAUCUCCGAGGAUCACGAUCCUUGGAAUCAAGGACCACUUCGUGCCUCCGAAGUCAGUUUCCCGUCUCAGCAGCGGCGACCAGCCUCCACCACACCCUGGUCGUCUCAAUCAGAGUAUCACUCGGCUCAUAACCUGUCAGUACCUUCUUCCUUCACGGAACACCUUCGUGAGAGAUCGCCAGCCAGUGGCUCUGCACUUCUCGACUUACUCUCUCGCUACCCGUCGGCACAGAAUUCUGUGCAAAACUCUCCAGCCGUGCAAGCCUACAUCGACAGAAUACAUUCGGAUCGGCCGUUACCGACUCGAACGUAUACUUAUCAGUCAGCUGAAUCCAAUUUCCCGCUCAUCGAGUAUUCGGUCAGCCAGGAAGUUCCAAACGGAGUCAGAACAACUACAUCAGUCUACCAGAACAUUGUUCCGAACGGAAAAGGAUAUCCAACACAUCAACGAGUGCAAACGACCUUCACCUCAAACGGACCAGUGACUUCCGCUGUCCAUCGUGAGUACCACAACUCGACUCCACAACAAUAUCAGAGUGGUGGUCCACCUCCGCCACUUCCACGCGAAUCGUCAUUGCAACAGCAGCAACAGGCGCACACGUUCGAAAACCGAUCUGAGCAGCAGUAUCGUCAUCCACAACAACCCCCCGCCGCCGCUUCUUCUUCAACACAUCAAUUUUACAACAACGGAGUACCCGCACCCGCCUCAAGUGCGUCGUCCGGAGGAGGAGGUUUUCGUCAACCCGUGUUUCACGACACGGACCAGUUGGACAUUCUUGCACAACGUCUCCUUGAUGACAACAUGAGUCGGAGUACAUCGGAAUGGAGCAAAUCGUUCGAACAGUUACAGAAUCGAUUCCAGAAUUUGGAAAAUGACGACUUGAUGACUCCGUCGGCAUUUUCUACGAGCGGGUCUAUGACGUUACCACUUCGGGGAACACAGCUGCCGAUUUCAAAGUCAUCGAGUAACUAUGAAAUGAAUAGCUCACUUCUGGGAAGAGCCGUUGAGCGACGAGCAGCUGAGGCUCCAGAACCGAGGAAAUCUGGAGCAUUGGAUAAUUUCUGGAGUCAGACUAUCAGCUCAAGACCAUCAUCACCAACCAUUCAAAGAAUACCCACAAGUUUGACAGCUGCAGAACGUCUUCAAAUGCUACAAGAACCGAUUGAUACGGAGAAGAGAUAUCCACAGAGAGUGGGUAGUGGUCAAGGAGUCGCAGCGAGGAAAGCAGAGCUGAUGAGAGAACCUUCACAUGAGUAUAACGAAAAACCAAGAGCUCCACUGAAUCCAGCUUUUCCUUCUAACUCAUUCUUAGUGCCUAGCUUUAAUGAGCUUGAUAACGCCGUCAACGAAUUAUCAAGAACAGUUCGUGGAGCCAGUUUUGGACCAUACGGAUCUGGUAUGUCUACUCCAAAUAAUACAAUGAGUCGAAGACUCGGUGGUUGUGGUAGAUUCCCUACUGGCGAGCAUGCGUUUAGCCCACCACCAUUGGAAACUUCGAAAUCUCCAACUUCUUCUCUUAACCGGAAACUUCAUUCUCCAUCUCCAACAGAUGAGGUCAGUGAGAGCUCGUCAGUGUAUCAAAUUCCCACCGGACUUCCUCACCCUAAACCGAAGCAUAAUGUCAAGGAGCAACUUUAUCUGGCUGGAAUUCAAACCACUCCUGGCUAUCAAAUUUCGAGGACAAUGUAUCGAAACGGCCCCAAUUUUCCGGUCCCAUCAACUGGAAGUGUGGCUUCGCGAAUCACGGAGUUCGAAAAACGACCAGGCACUCCGAUUGUCCAACUCUCUACCACCACAGUCAAAUACAACGAAAAUGUACCAGUUGCAAUGUCGCCCAAAUCCGCACAGCAAACCAAUGGCAACAUGAGUCCACGGAGUGCAGUGUUUCGUGCCAAGCCGGUUAUUCACGUGGACAUGGGCAGCACUUACCAUCAGCAGACGCCAUCAGCAGCACCGAUCCGCCAGAUUCAAGUGCAUACGGUACAGAGUCAGGGUCAGCAGCCGCAGAACCAUCAAAGUAGCGGAAGCCAUCCAAUCUACCAAAACCAUCAUCAAAAUUUUCAACAACAGCAACCAAACAACUAUCGCCAGCAUCAACAGCUUCCGAUUAAGCAACAUGACACGGCAACUCAUUCAAUUUUUGAUUUCAAGUCGAACAAUUCUUUGUAA